UCGUCACUCUACCUUAUCUUGUCCUAUUCUGUUGCCGGCAGUUCGGUCCCCAUUUCAUCAGGAAUAGCUUCAAAGGUCAGGAGUCAGGAUGCGUUGGGGCUUCGGUUUGGCUUGUGUAGCGACGCUGCUCGGCAUCGCAUCCGAGGCCAGCGCCGACGUAUUCCGCGACCCCGACACCGGGUUCACGUUUUCGCAGUACAAUGCUCCCAUUACGACGGGCAGCGUCUACAUCACCUUCCGUAUCGCCAUCCCCAGUACCGCCAUCGCGGGACAGUCGUACGACGCCGUCCUACAGGUCGUUGCCCCGAACACCGCCGGUUGGGUCGGUGUCGCCUGGGGGGGCUCCAUGACCAACAACCCCCUGCUUAUCGGCUGGGUGAACGGUGGGAGCGCCGUGGCGUCCGUCCGCCGCUCCGCUUCGCACACUGCCCCCCAACCGUAUACAGGCGCCACGCUGCAGGUGCUUAGCAAGGGGACCAAGACCAACGGCACGCACUGGCAGUUCACGGCCAAGUGCACGGGGUGCACGUUGUUCCCGACGUCGGGCACCAACUCGAAGAACCUGAACCCGUCGGGCGGCAACCGCUUCGCCUUCGCGUACUCCCGGACCAAGCCGAGCCAGCCGGCGUCGAGCACCAGCCCGAUCAACGUCCACGACCUGUUCAACUACUGGGAACACGACUUCGCGGCCGCCAAGAACUCCGACUUCCCGGAGCUCGUCGCUCGGAACCUCAACUUCUCUUCGUCUGCUCACUAGGUACCUUACGAACAAGCCGAGAAGAGAGCGCGGGUGGGGAGGUUCGCUC